AUGAGCUGGAGCCUGCAAGCGUGCGUGUCCCAGCUCAGCAAGGCCCAGUCGAAAUUGCCGCGGCUGUGCGAACUGCGCUGGCUGAAUCUGCACAUCUUGGAGGCGCACCAGUUGCCGUUUAAGCUCGUGCCCAACCCGUACUGUAUCGUUUCGCGGAACCAGGUCAAGAUGGGAAAGACGCAUGUCAAGACCGCACCCGAUCCCAUCUCGGAGGAGGAGUUUGUGCUGGAUGACAUUCCGCCGGAUUUGAUGACCGUUACCAUCACCGUACUGAGCCAGGAAAAACGUGGUAAGGAUUCCGAUGGGGCCAAGCUGAUCGUGGACCUGUGUUGAAUCCGAAGAGUGGUUUCCUGUCAUUCUCGCUGAUCGGGAUGACUCGGAUGGGCGAGUGGGGAUCGAUCCGUUUGCCUGUAUGAUAUCUGGACGAUUUGGUCAUGCCGUGCGAGGUAAGUUGUGCUUGAGAUCCUGAGUCAAGAGGUCUGUUUAACAUUUACGAUGAUAUUUGCAGGAAUACAGCCCGUUGCAGCAGCUGCUGGUCGAGGCGGAGUUAAACGCGGUUCGUGCGUUGUUCGAAAUCUAUCAACGAUCGCAUCCCGGCCACCUCACUGUUGAAAGUUUUCCACUACGAGAAGCUUGAAACCGAACUGUCAAGAAUCCUGUGCCAGGCGAAAGUGACACGGGAAAACGAAACGACAACGCUCUUCCGUGGUGCCUCACUGGCCGUGUCCGGCCGGUCCGACCCAACCAAAAUGGACGAGAAUGUCGAUGCAUGCUCAAAAGCGAAAUUUUAGUUGAUGAUCCUGGACCAGUUGACGCAGUCCCUCUUCACCUCGACGGGCGCGUGUCCCCGGACGGUGCGUUUCAUCUGCAACUGUCUGCAAAAGUUCGUGGUCGCCAAGUGGCCAUCGCCUAGCGAACCGUUAGUGCGGACCCGCGUUAACCCGGGUUUAUCUACCUGUGCUUGUUGCGCCCCGCCCUCCUGAAUCCUGGUCAAUUUGGUUUAGUCAACGAAACGCCGCAUCAAACGGCCACUCGGUGCUGUCCAGCUCGGAUGCCGGCAAGUGCUACGCUCUGUCUGAAUUAAAAAAAUAGACCAAUCUUUCAAACAGGACGCGAGCUACCACGAACCUGCACAUUUGCGGUUGACCUCUGGACCGAGCUGGUCAAAUGGCGUUUCUGAUGCACCAUACGCAAGAGUCAAGAUACGGAAGUCGGUCAAACAGGAGCGAGCGGGUUGAGCUACACUCAACCAAAAACAAGUCGGUGGUUCAAGUGACAAUGGUCACGCCACAAUGCAACGCGGCGAGAAAUUUACACUCGGACCCAUUACAUCGAGCUGCGGAUGCGCAUGUAAUUGAACAGAUUCUCGAUCGGGGCGAUGGCCGAGCAGCAGUCAAAGAUGUACUGCCGCGGAAUUCGACUGUUGUCGCAUAGCAUCUGGCAGCCAAUGUCUUCGAAGAUCGGCGUCGUACCGUCAAGCUGCAGCAGCAUGUUCGUCUUGAGCAGGUUCUCGAUGUGGUCAACUUCGCUGUGGGUGACCAUCGUGCCAGACGUAUCCACUCGUUCUGCAGGUGGGACACCAUGUCCUAGUACUUGAGCGGAUCGCACAUAAAGUAGAUGCCCCACAGGACGGUUUCUUUUUCUGGAAGCUAGAGCACAGGUUGUCCUUGGCGUUUUGACGCCACCACCCUGCGUGCCAUACCACGCGCUAAUCAGCAUAUUGGCGACCAUCAGCGGAUCAUUGUUCUGAUCGGUCCAGCCGCAACUCACUUCAGAACCGGUGAAUCGGCGGCGUCAGAGCGGGGGCCUUUCCGUCGAAGGUGCUGCCUACCUUUCCGAGGCAAGACUCGGCCAGCUUAAUUAGGUCUUCUUCUUUGACUCCACCGAACGCGGCCAGGACGAUGCAGGGACCUUGAAGUGCGAAUUGGUGUAAGCCUGCAGGACAGCCUUGUCAAUCAAUUGGAUGUUCUUGGUCGGUCCAAGAAUGGUGUUUCCCAGAGGAAUUCCCUGGCAUGCUGUUGCGUUUA